AUUUUUACUAUCUGCUGAUAAGUUUUUUAUGACUGACCAGAAAGUUAUCAUUUACAUCAUGACAGACAACUUCUCUAGAAUACCCUGGAUAUCUCUGAAUCGCCAUGGUACAUUCAAAGUUUUCAAAUUAAACAAGAGAAGAUGGUAAGAUGUCAGGAUGAUGCACAUGAAAACCUUCAGAGAACACAUUGUGGAUCAUAUCCAGUAUGAAGUUGACUUCCUUUUCAGCAUGGAUGUGGACCAAGUCUUCAGAGGCAGAUAUGGUGUGGAAAGCCUAGGAGAGUCAGUAGCUCAGUUACAUAGUGUUUGGUAUCAGGAAACUCCUGACGUGUUUCCUUAUGAGAGAAAUGAGUCAUCAGAAGCUUAUAUAUCCAUGGGUCAGGGAGACUUUUAUUAUCAUGCUGCUGUUUUUGGUGGUACUCCCAUCCAAGUUCUCAAUAUUGUCAGGGGGUGCACCAAAGGAAUCAUGAAUAACAACAAAAAUAACACUGAAGCGGUGUGGCAUGAUGAAAGCCACUUAAACAAGUACUUCUUUCUUCAUAAACCCACUAAAAUCUUAUCACCAGAAUACUGCUGGGAUUACCUUCUCAGAAGGCCUCCUUACAUUAAAAGUGUCAGACUUUCUUGGAAUUUUAAGAAUUAUGAACUUCUUAGAGGAAAGCAAUAAUUUUAUAGUUCUUUGUAUUUCUAAAUUUCAGAGCAUCAUUUUGC